AUGUACAAGACACGUAUAAAAUCCUGGGGUCUCGACAAGAACUUUAAGGAGUGCGAAGUGGUAGAGCUAUUCCGUGUCCGAAACGAGCGUGACAGAGUCGGGAAGCGAUCAACAACGUACAUGAUCCGAGGUCGAGAAGUCGACUGGGACAGAGUGCAAAACUAUGUCAGAAGAAAGGGGCUGAAUAUCACCCAGCUUCUCGCCUCCAGCGCCGGCACUGUCAGUCCAUGCGCGAGGGAAAUAUCGUGUUUUCCACCACCACCACCACCACUCCCAACACAAUACACCACGGGCACCCAGCUCACAACCCCCCAAUCCUUCCAACUCUUCCUCUCCCGCCUCUACAAAACAACAAUGUUCCAAGACGGCGAACGAGCCUGGGGAACAACAGAUUUCUUCCUCCGCAACAUGCGCUCACUGGAAUGGCUUUCCACCAUCCGGUACGCCCUCGCGAUCAAUAAAUCUUUUCUCGUUGACGGGUUGGAUGGGAGUGAGGGUAGUGAAGAGAUUAAACAGUUCAAAGCUGUCAACCGCGCGUUUGCGGUCUUGGAACCGGGGAGUAAAGGCGUGAUAGGGAGUAGGAUGUUUUAUAUUGUUAACUUUCUCGGGUGCUUUCAAGCUGGACCGGACGGGGGCGCGUUGAAAGAGCUGGCGGGGAGGUUGAUGGAGGACAUUGUUGUCAAAUGUUUCCGUGGGGGGGAGGGGGAUAGGGGGGGGUUUGGGGGGGAUCUGAGACGGGUUUUGAGUGGGGGGGAUGGGGAUGGGCAUGAGAUGGAGGUUGACUCCGUGGAUGAGCUGAUGGAGGAGGGGAUGUCGGUCGGGGAGAUGGCAGGGAGGUUUUUAAUGGCGGUGUUGGGGCGGAUGGUGAGGGAGGUUGGGCUGGAGGUGCCGUUGGGGGUGGUUUUGAUGGGGGAUAUACAUGGGGUGGGGGAUGCGGUUGGGGAGUGGAAGCCGAGGGGGAUGAGGGGGGGCACGAUGGCGGGGUGUGCUUGGAGGAGCUGUUUGCUUUCUCCCGAGCCGCCUUCUUCGAAUACGAAGGAGGAUACGGGGGUUGAGUUGUUGGAACAUGGGAUCUGGCUGGCGGGCUAUGGAGAUGAUUUAAAGGCCGAGGUCAAGUUUAGGGCGCUGAUUGAUCAGGCAAAGACCGGCUCUUCCCCGUCGCCAAAGAUGGCCGCUGAGAUGAAGGUGCUGGCACGGUGUUCCCAUUAUCAGCUGGCGAGUAUUUACUGGAGGAGAGGGGAGAAGAUGGCUGCCAAGGAGGAGCUGCAGUUGGCUGUCAAAGCAUCGGUAUUGUAUGAUCACUUUGUGCAGUGGGGGGACGUGGACUUUUUGUAUGUAUGA